AUGGUCUGUCCGGUCGUUCGCUGUGGCCCCAACCACCUGACAUUCAAUGAUUUGGAUCUAAUCCCGGUGGUAUAUCAUCGCCAGAGCGACAAGACAGACUACCCCCAAGACUUCACCUGUCCCGGUGCAGCCACCAACAAGGCCAACUAUCUUGAGUAUGCUGCAGCUAAACGGCAGUUCGGACAGGCUUUUUCAGUAUCGCGGGUGCAGUUGUUUGAGGGUCUGGUAGAUGAAACUCUUAUCAAGUGGGUUUCCAUUCUCAACAAGGAGACCCACACAAGCCCCUCGAUAGAUUGGGGUACCUGGGUCAAAUAUUUUUCAUUCGAUGUAUACGUGCCAAUGAGUGUGGGGGAGAGCUUCGGCUUCUUGGACCACAAAUCCGAUGUGCGCAAUAUGUUGCAAAGCAGUUAUCGUAUCUUCAGAAAAUGGACGCUCAGUCGAUAUCGUCCAAUAGCUUGGCUAGCCGCCAAUACUUCUUUGGGUCGUCGUUUAUUUGUUAGUGGCCGCGACGAUUCAACGGGCAUGGGCAUGUGGACCAAUGAAGUGCAUGAUAUCACUCAAAAGCGCAUAGAAACUUCCAAAACACAAGAAAGGCCACGCUGGAAGCACUCCAUGUUGGAUCAAUGGCUGGCCGCCAAAUCCGCGACAGGAGAAGGCAUUCCCCAGUCGGACAUCGAGGACCAGCUAGUCUCAGACGUACUUGGGGGUCCCUAUGCACUUGCCACCACAAUUAGCCAUCUGGUGACCACGAUGGCGAAACAUCCCCAGGCCGUUCGCCGGGCCCACCAAGAGAUUGAUAACGCUUUUACCCAGCAGACUCUCUCUAGCCCGUCGCCUACCUACGCAGAAUGCUGCGCUCUCCCCUUUAUUGAUGCUUGCGUCCGGGAGGCCAUGCGUAUUACAGCAACGGCCUCUCCUAGAUGGCGUUGCUCGCCAGAUAGGCCACUGCGUCUCCUAGGCCGGGACGUCCCUCCGGGCACUGCGGUAGCUACAAGUCCCUUCACUAUCUCCACUCAUCCUCGGCUCUACGGUGACAAUGCCGAGGAUUUUGUGCCCGAACGGUGGCUUGAAGCAUCGGAAGAGCAGUUGCGGGUGUGGAAUGCGUAUGAUGCGCACUGGGGAUUUGGUUAUCGCAAGUGUCCUGGGCGACACAUAGGAGUCCUGGUCCUAUAUAAGACCUUAGUUACGAUCCUAAGAAAUUUCGAUAUCAAAGAGGGGACAUCAGGACCGUCUUCCCUACGGAUGCUGCCACGAAAACUUUAA